UGAAUAACAGGACUGGGGUAUCGGAUGUGGAGGAAGAACAUCCAGGUCCCUCUCGACUAAUACAGGCCAGAGCCCAGGCGCUCCGGUUCAUCGUUGCACUGGCAGAUGUAACGUUGCGGGAUUGGCUGUUACUUUCUAAUGACUUCCUCCCAUUUUUAUUAACUGCAAGUCAUAGCUUCAGAAAAUUGACAAGCGAGUUCGUGGAGAAUGUAAUUUCGAUUCCUGGGGUUGGAGAGGUGUAAUUUCGAUUCCUGGGGGUGGAGAGGUUCCCCACGCUUGAAGGAGCAGGGAGCUGAAAGAAAUGAGCUCACGGAUUCAGGGAUGGCUCCUACAUAAGGACCCCAGGAUGCUCUUCGCAAAUAGCUAUUCUGUUCAAGUCCUUUUGUUUUGGGAGAUGAGCAUCGCGACCGCUUAACCAGCCCAUCAUGUGGUCCAUCUUGUUUACAUCGCUGUCCUGUGCAUGUGCGCUUUUGAGUGUCGCGAGUGCUGGACCUCCACACAGGGGGAAGGAUAAAGAUUUGGUCAAGAAGGUAACCUGCGGAGGCAAUACCUACAAGUACCAUGGCUUAGAGGGAUAUGGAUUCGUGCCGUCCAAUGCCGUUGACAAAUACGGCGAUACCAUGGGCGGAAUUGGUAGCUCCCUGGCUAUUGAGCCUUCUUCCUGGCAUAGGAGGAAAGAUGGCACAUAUGAAGGGAUCGCUUGGGCGUUACCGGAUCGUGGAUGGAACACCAAUGGGACUCUAAACGUCCAGUCACGUAUCCAAAAGCUGUCUCUUUCCUUCAAGCCUAACAAUAAAGCAUCUGUGAAAAGGCCUUCUAAGCCUAAUCUCCAAAUAAAGCACCUAGACACCGUGCUUCUUACAGGACCCGACGGAACCCCCACCACCGGCCUCGACGCAGAUGCCACCGGCUUCAUAGAAUUUCCCGGGUUUCCGCCCUUGCCGGGAGCAACAUACACCGGUGACGGAUUCGGCAGCAACGAAGGACCAGGCGGACAUCGCAUCAGUAUGGAUACCGAGGGACUUGCCCUUGGCAGCAAUGGAACUUUCUGGGUAUCUGACGAAUACGGACCGUAUGUCUAUCAAUUCACACGUCAGGGUAAAAUGAUCCGAGCAAUCCAACCGCCCGAAGCAUAUCUCCCGCGUCGAAAUGGAAGUCUCAGCUUCAGUGCCGCCUCCCCACCAAUCUACGGCCCGGAGCAGAUGCCCGUACCUAAAGACACGGAAUCGGGACGAAACAACAACCAAGGCUUCGAGGCGCUGACAAUCUCGCCAGACGGUAAGAACCUGUUUGUCAUGAUCCAGUCAGGUUUGAAUCAGGAGGGCGGCCCAAAAAAGAUAAAUCGGAAACAGGCCCGGCUCCUGGAGUAUGAUAUUUCGGGCUACAAAGCGCAGUACACGCACGAGUACGUCGUCACGCUCCCAACGUACCCAGAUAGGUCUAAAGGGGACCAGGAGGAGUCACGUAUUGUUGCAUCGCAGUCGGAAAUCCACAUGCUGCCCAGCGGAGACUUCUUGAUUCUAUCGCGGGACUCCGAUUCCGGACACGGGCAGGCUGAGUCUCGCUCUGUCUACCGGCAGGCGGACAUUUUCGCAAUAACAAGCGACACGACAGAUAUCAAGUCGGAGAAAUAUGACGCAGCUACUGGCUCCAUUGCGUCAAGCGACGGGGAGUUGAAUGACGGGAUUGAGCCAGCUGAGUAUUGCGAAUUUAUCGAUUAUAAUCUCGAUUCAGAGCUGGGGAAGUUCGGCUUGCACAAUGGAGGGGAGCAAGACAAGAUGCUGCUGAAUGAGAAAUGGGAGAGUCUAGCUCUGGUUCCCGUUGAUGAGCGGGAUUGUGUUAGGAAGGGUUGUGGUCGUGGUUAUGGAAAGGGGAGAGAGAAGGAGUACUUCUUGAUUAGUUUCAGUGAUAACGACUAUACCACCCAAGAUGGCCAUCUUAACUUUGGAAAAUUCAAGUACGCGGAUACAUCCGGCUUCGAUCUUGAUGUCCAAGCUUUGGUGUUUAGGAUCUCGUUUUAAGACAGGACUCAGCACUAUCCCUCUGUGAUUAGCAAUGUCUAGUAGUAUACGUUGGUAUAUAGUGGAAUGUAAGAAACAAUAUACCCUAUUUGCCUAUUUUACAUGUAUCGAUAUUGCCUUUUUAUAUUGGAACAUAUUCCGAGAGGUAAAACGGUGCUGCAACGGGAGGUUAAAAUAAAG